GCGUCAGUGGCACAGCGCAGAUCGUUGUCUUGCGGGUACGCGGAGGCGCCUCCUGGAACCGUCACGGGGACGCUGCCCCCAAGGUCCAGCUAACAUGUAGAGUUUUGAGCAGGAGAAUCUUGACCAAACAAUGCCUGUCGACUCAUGAGUCUGCUGUUCUCUCAGCUACACCUCCAGAAUGUGCUUCUAAGAGAAAUAAAAAAUGACUCCAUUUCCGGCAAGAUCCCUCAUUACCUCAUGAUGACCUUGUAUGCCCUGUGUAGCUCAUACUGGCUUUGAAGUCUCUAUCCUCCAGCCUUCACCUCCUAAGUUCUUGGAUUACAGGCUUUCCAGUUCUCCUCCUGACUUUUGUAAUGUAGAUCUGCUCAGUUUGCCCACUUGUUCUCACCUGACCUCACGUUUUACACCUGUUUGAGAAAUGGCAGAGAUGCCUGGAGUGAACACCAGCAGCCUUUUGGAGCUCAACAUCCUGGCUCAUUUGUUUCAGCUCAACACGAUGCUAUGUGUAGUUCUAUUGAUAAGGCAGAACUUCCAUACUUCAAGGACUGGUGAGUAGAGAAGAAAUAUGGCAUUCCAGGAGGUGGUGUCAUUUGAGGACGUGGCUGUGGACUUUACCUGUGAAGAGUGGUGGGACCUGGACAAUGCUCAGAGGACCCUGUACAGGGAGGUGAUGCUGGAGACCUACAGCAGCCUGGUGUCCUUGGGGCAAUGCAUCACCAAACCUGAGCUGAUCUUCAAGCUGGAGCAAGGAGCAGAGCCAUGGAUGAGAGAAGAACCCGCAAGCCAGAGCCCACCAGAUGUCCAGAAAGUGAAUGUCUUAAUUGAGACCACUGAAGAAAGUCAACACAGGCAGUUGUGGCAAGCUGGAAUCACUAUGAACAACACACCAACUAAGGAGAGAGUUAUAUUAGGACAUACCUUUCAUUUGAGUUUCAACCAUAUUUCAGAUUUGAUUGUAAAGCAUGCAGGCUCAUUAGGAGAGAAGUCUGAGGAGUGGAAUGUAUUUCAUAACACGUGUUGCCCUAGUCAGCCUCUGGGGAUGUAUGCUCAUGAGAAAACCUAUCAGUGUAAUCAGUAUGGAGAAUUCUUUGUCCAGAAGUCACACCUCACCAAGCAUGAGAUAAUUCAUACUGGUGAGAAGCCCUAUAAGUGUAGUCAAUGUGGUAAAACCUUUGGCUGGAAGUCAAGACUCACCCAGCAUGAGAUGAAUCACACUGGUGAGAAGCCCUAUAAGUGUAGUUACUGUGGUAAAACCUUUGGCUGGAAGUCCAGACUCACCCAGCAUGAGAUGAAUCACACUGGGGAGAAGCCCUGUAAAUGUAGUUACUGUGGCAAAACCUUUGGCUGGAAGUCACAACUCGCUAGGCAUAAGAUGAUUCACACUGGGGAGAAGCCCUAUCAGUGUAGUCAUUGUGGAAAAUCCUUUCGCCAGAAGUCAAGCCUCACUAUACAUGAGAUAAUUCACACUGGGAUAAAGCGCUAUCAGUGUAGUUACUGUGAAAAAACCUUUGGCUGUAAGUCUCACCUCAGCAAGCAUGAGAGAAUUCACACUGGGGAGGAUACCUAUCACUGUAAUCAAUGUGGGAAAAUAUUUGGCUUGAAGUCUUACCUCACCCAGCAUAAGAGAAUUCACACUGGGGAGAAACCCCAUGAAUGUAAUCAGUGUGGUAAAGCCUUUGGCCAGAAGUCACACCUAACUAUGCAUGAUAAAAUUCACACUGGGGUGAAGCCCUAUCAGUGUAAUCAGUGUGGAAAAACAUUUGCCUGGAAAUCAUACCUCACUAAGCAUGAGAUAAUUCACACUGGGGAGAAGCCAUAUCAGUGUAAUCAAUGUGGAAAAACCUUUGGCUGGAAGUCACACUUCAGUCAGCAUGAAAUGAUUCACACUGGGGAGAAUUCCUAUCAGUGUAAUCAGUGUGGAAAAACCUUUGGCUGGAAGUCCCACCUCAUCCAGCAUGAGAGAAUUCACACUGGGGAGAAGCCCUAUAAGUGUAACCAAUGUGGAAAAACCUUUGGCCGGAAGUCACACCUCAGCAGGCAUGAGAUGAUGCACACUGGGGAGAAGCCCUAUCGGUGUAAUCAAUGUGGAAAAACCUUUGGCCAGAAAUCACAACUCAUGAAGCAUGAGAAAAUUCACACUGGAAAGAAGCCCUGUCAGUCUAAUCAGUGUAGAAAAGCCUUUGGCUGGACAUCACACCUCAGCAGUCAUUAGACCACUCACAAGAGAGUAGUAUUUUGAGAUAGAACUUUCUCAGAAAUCAAACCUCAGGAAACAUCACAGAAUUUACACAGUGGGAAAAUCCUGUAUGGCAGAGACUAGCUAUAUAUUCACCAAAAGCCAUUUUCUUUUCUCUGGGAUACGGCAAGCUUUUCUCUGCCUCCACUUCCUAUGGCCAACACUUCACAGCUCUCUGUGGAGAUACAGACACAAUGAUGAACAUUACUGUAAUGUAACAAUGACCUUGCAGUCCUCUUAGAUUCAAAGCUCAAGCCUUAGGUGUGUUCAAUUGUGAUUUGAGACAAAAAUGAAGAGAACAGAAAACUUUCCUCCACUGGUCCAGUGCCCUCCAUUUGUUACAUGUGAGAAAUGAACACCUCCUCUGUUCUGCCAUUUUAUGUAUGGUCUGUGCAUUUCAGCACCUAUAGCUACUCUUGCUUACUUGCUUUAUGAAUAUGGGAGGUAUUCCUGAGAGUGUCGCCCUGUUCAUGUUUACCAUAAAAUUCAAACAGAAGAGAAAAUUGCAUUGUCAUCUUUCAUUCCCAAGUCAGGUUUUGGGAAAAUCAAAUGUAGGGGGCCCAGGAGCAGUAGCUUAUGCUUGUAAUUCCAGCAAUGUGGUAGGGAGAGGUUGGAGGAUUGUGGUUUGAGGUCAUCCUGGGCAAAAAUUAGCAAGGACCCAUCUCAACUAAUGAGCCAGGUGUCAACACAGCUGUACACAACUGUAACACUAGCU